AUGGCCAAGACAGAGAAAACCGAAAACCAUCAAAUCGAAGAUGCUGCAGCCUUUCAUGAUGACAUGCCCGAGAAGAACCAUACUAAUUACGCCCUGGUCGACCAGGAGGUUGCCAAGUACGCCACAAAUACCGCCAUCGAGAUUGACGAAGCCACCAAUAAGCGGCUCAAGCAUAUGAUCGAUAAGCGUAUUCUUGUGGUCAUGAUGGUCACCUACUUCCUGCAAUGCCUGGACAAAGGAACGCUCUCCUUUGCGAGCAUUAUGCAUUUGCAGGAAGACACGCAUCUCGCCGAUAAUGAAGUAUGUUUGAUCACGCCGAUCCGAUCCGAUCCGAUCCCGAUUCGAAAUGCUAAUAGACCACAGUAUUCGUGGUUAACUACAGUGGUGUAUUUGGUGAUUCUCACCGUCGAGUACCCGGAAAAUUGGAUUCUGCAGCGCGUGCCAAUCGGGAAAUGGCUGUCUUUCAACAUCCUCAUGUGGGGCAUUUGCAUCGCUCUGAUCGCCGUCGCGAGGAAUUUCGUCGCAUUGAUUAUCUUGCGAGCAUUUAUGGGUGCCUUUGAAGCGGCCUGUCAGCCUACCUUUGUGCUGUUGUCAUCGACAUGGUACAAGAGAGAAGAACAGGGCAGCAUCAUCAAUCUAUGGUACAUGAUGAACGGGCUUCAGCAGAUAGCGGGCGGCCUGCUGGCAUUUGGCUUCUCCUUCAUUGCGGAAAGUUCGCCUUUAAAGUCUUGGCAAGCCAUUUUCAUGACUUACGGUAUCAUCACCGUGUUUUGGGCGGCCUUUGUUUUCUGGUGGAUGCCCGAUAGUCCCAUGAGAGCCACCUGCUGGACGGAGGAAGACAAGCGGCUGAUGGUGGAACGUGUUCGCCAGAACCAGACUGGUUUGCAGAACAGAACCUUUAGGAUCGAACAAGUCCGAGACGCAUUUACAGACCCACAACUAUAUGCAUUUGCACUUAUCCAAAUUCUCACGACGAUCCCGAGCGGCGGGAUCGGUGCCUUCGCGAACCAAAUAGUCAAUGGAUUUGGGUAUAGUGUCUGGGAGAGCCAGCUUCUCAUGAUGGUCGUCGGCGCAGUCAUCGCAAUCACAAUGCUUACCUCGGCCUACCUGGACCGGAAGUUCAACCAAACAAUCAUCAUAAUGAUGUGCUCUGUCAUCCCGUCUAUCAUCGGCACCUCCAUUCUUGUUGGCAUACCCUACACCCCCAGCAAAAAGGUCGGCAUGCUCAUUGCAUAUUUCAUCUUCUACUCCUUCUUUGCCGUGCAAUCACUGUCCCUGGCGCUCUUAUCUCGAAACGUCGCAGGACAGACCAAGAAGUCAAUUCUCAUUGCCUCAAACUUCAUCUUCUGGGCAGUAGGAAACUCGGUUGGACCGCAGGUGUUCCGGGAUAAAGAUGCACCGCGGUACUUCCUGGCAUUUGCAAUCCUGCUUGGAUGUUUCGUUCUUGUUGCUAUUAUUCUCGGGGCACUGAGAUUAUGGUAUUCUCUCCAGAACCGAAGACGCGACGCGGAAAUCGCGUCGGGGGAGGUCGUUCCGGAUGUGAAUUUCGCCCACGGAUUUGAAGAUGUGACAGAUCGUGAGAAUCCGCACUUUAGAUACAGCUACUGA